CUUGCUCUGCUUUGAUCUCCUUUUCUAGAGCUCAGGUCUUGGGGCUUUCGGGGUCUGGGGCCACGAUCUCUGUUUGGGGGGGGGGUCUUGGAGGUCAUGGGCCAGAUCCCUGAGCUCGUGCCCUCUCGCUUCUUGACUCUCCUGGCACAUUUGGUGAUUGUCAUCACCUUAUUCUGGUCCAGGGACAGCAACGUUGAGGCCUGCUUGCCCCUGGCCUACACCGUUGAGGAGUAUGAGAAACAGGACGUUCAGUUGGUGAUUGCGCUUUCCAUCACCCUGGGCCUCUUUGCAGUGGAACUGGCUGGCUUCUUAUCAGGCGUUUCCAUGUUCAACAGCACCCAGAGCAUCAUCUCCAUAGGAGCUCAUUGUAGUGCAUCUGUGGCCCUUUCCUUUUUCAUAUCUGAGCGCUGGGAGUGUACCACAUACUGGUAUAUUUUUGCCUUCUGCAGUGCCCUCCCAGCUGUCACUGAAAUGGCAUUAUUUACCAGUGUCUUCGUGUUGAAAAAGAAACCUUUCUGAGAUCACCUCAUAAUGGAACUUAGAUGUGAAGGCUCAUCCUUGGAAGAAGAAUGAAGGCAAAGACUUAAAUCUUCUUAAAAUUUUAUUAACAUGUUGAUGGACUUCAGAGUUCGGAUAAACUCUCUCGAUCUGGGAUUAUCAGCAUGUAUUUUGUUUU